GGGCUCUGGGACAGCGGGAGCUCAAGUUGCCCGGACUUAGCCGCUAGGACCCUGAGCCGGGCGCGGCUCCCGGGCGGGUCGGGCGCCGCGGGGACCGUCGUCGGGGCGCGCGUCCGGGGGCGGCCGCCAUGACCUGGAGCGCCACGGCGCGGGGCUCGCAGCAGCCCGACAGCACCGCGUUCACGCAGCAGCGCCUGCCCGCCUGGCAGCCCCUGCUGUCGGCCGGCAUCGCGCUGCCGCUCUUCUUCUGCGCGGGCCUGGCGUUCAUCGGCCUGGGCCUGGGCCUCUACUACUCGUCCAACGCCAUCAAGGAGCUCGGCUACGACUACACCGGCUACCCGGAGCCCGGCAACUGUUCGCUGUGCGCCGUCGCGGGCACGCCGCCGUCCGGCUGCUCGUGCGCCUGGUACUUCUCGCUGCCCGAGCUCUUCCAGGGCCCCAUCUACCUCUACUACGAGCUCACCAACUUCUACCAAAACAACCGGCGCUACGGCGUGUCCCGCGACAACGCGCAGCUCAGCGGGCUGGUCUACGCGCUGCGCCAGCCGGCCAACGAGUGCGCCCCCUACCAGUACAGCGCGGCCGGCCUGCCCAUCGCGCCCUGCGGCGCCAUCGCCAACAGCCUCUUCAAUGACUCCUUCUCGCUGUGGCACCAGCGCGGGCCCGGCGGGAGCUACGUCGAGGUGCCGCUGGACCGCACCGGCAUCGCCUGGUGGACCGACCUCCACGUCAAGUUCCACAACCCGCCGCUGGUGAACGGCAGCCUGGCGCUGGCCUUCCAGGGCACCGCGCCCCCUCCCAACUGGCACCAGCCCGUCUACAACCUCAGCUCGGACCCCAACAACACCGGCUUCAUCAACCAGGACUUCGUGGUGUGGAUGCGCACGGCGGCACUGCCCACCUUCCGCAAGCUGUACGCGCGCAUCCGCCAGGGCAACUACUCGACGGGGCUGCCGCGGGGCAACUACCGCGUCAACAUCACCUACAACUACCCUGUGCGCUCCUUCGGUGGCCGGAAGCUCAUCAUCUUCAGCAGCAUCUCGUGGAUGGGCGGCAAGAACCCCUUCCUGGGCAUCGCCUACCUGGUCGUCGGGUCCCUCUGCAUCCUCACGGGCUUCGUGAUGCUGGUCGUGUACAUUCGCUACCAGGACCAGCAAGACGAGGAUGAGGACGACGAGUGAUCGCCGCUUUCUGAGCACCCUUCCCGCCGGCCAAAUCUCAAGCGCCACUCAUUUUUCCCACCCCUUGUGGAGAAGAGGGGCCCCAGAGGAAGGAAUGACACCGUAUGGGAGACACUUGCUGGUAUGCCCAGAUCAUACACGUCCUGGCUGUUUCCCCAUCUUCUCCUCGGUGGGGCAUCUUAGGUUCUUCCUGCCCCCCUUCCAGGGAACAGACUGAGACCUAGAGUUGUGAAAUCACUCUUUCAAGACCUUCCAGCUGGUUAAUGAUGCCUAACUUGAGCUUUUACUACUGUGGUACAGGGGUUCUUUGGGGGUGGGCCCUGGGCGAGCGUGUGCGUUGGCAGCAAAAAGUGAAAACUACAGAUCGCCUGGAGGGAUAGGGGAGCCGACACUCUUUUAAAAGCAUAGACUGAUUAGGAAGCUUUGUCCUCAGAGAUUCUGACACAAUAAAGCCAAGGUGUGAUCUGGAAGCAAAGUAUUAACAAGCUGCUUAGGGAAAGUCCCCCAGAUUUGGGAAUCUCUGUCCUGAACCAGAUUGUAAGAGAUUUCAAACAAUGAAAAUCCCAUUAGAUAUAUGUCGAGUACUUUUUAUUAAACAUUUUUGAUCAGAUGCUCACCAGCCUAACCCUUCUCACGCUGGAUAACAGAAUUCUCUACAUUUUUUUUUAACCGUGUAGUCAGAGUAACCAUGUAUUUUAUUAUCUAUUUUAGAAGACAUUAUUGUGUUCCUUGCUAUAAAAAUUUAAAUGAAACUAUGAGACCUGAAGUACUCUGAUUAAAUCAGUAAAUAUGGGUCUAGUCCCUAUUGUCUGGGUUUUUUGAAAGC